CGCCGCCGUUCGUGUCUUUCGUAUACAGUAUGAUUCGCACGCGAGAGUCGUACGGACCGUCGUUCGGUUGUCGUAAGUCUAGCCGGCGUGUUCACUCGUCUUUACACUGUUUCAAUGAACAUAUUUUAACCGAUCAAUUUUCAAGAACCAUCGACACGAAAACAGAAGAAAAGUCAAGAAGUACAUAAAUAAUUUACAUUAUUGAGAAUUACGUCAAAAUGAUUACAAUGAGUUAAACAAAUAUAUUUAUAACUAUAUUAAAUAACGUUUAAGAAGUAAAAUAAUUAAGAAGAUAAAUUUCUGGUUACCAUAAACUAUUUAAAAUAAUUAUAAAAGUUUGGUUAACAAUAAAUAACCAUGAAUUAACAACUCAAGCAUACAUAUACAAGUAUAACACACAGCGGCAAUGUCACUGCAAAAUGAUCUAUAUGACGACGGUGGUGGCAAAGGUAGCCAGUUGAAUUUGACAGCGGAAAAUACAUGGGACAACGACUACAUAAUGCCUAAACGGGAUCCUCUGUACAUAGUCGUACCGAUGACCAUCAUGUAUUCAGUAAUAUUCGUGACAGGCGUCAUAGGAAACUCAAUCACUUGCAUGGUGAUCGCCAAACACAAAUACAUGCACACAGCCACCAAUUACUAUUUGUUUAGUUUGGCCAUGUCCGAUCUCAUACUACUGGUAUCCGGGUUACCGCAGGAAAUGUGGUCCAUUUGGUCCAGGUAUCCGUACGUAUUUGGUGAAAUAUUUUGUCAACUCAGAGGACUGUUUUCCGAAAUGUCUGCCAAUGCUACCGUACUUACAAUAACAGCGUUCACGGCAGAGCGAUAUGUAGCUAUUUGCCACCCAUUCAUGGCGCAAAGCAUGUCAAAACUUUCCAGAGCCGUAAAACUUAUCAUCAUUAUAUGGCUGGUCGCUGUGUUGUUUGCUAUACCUCAGGCAUUGCAAUUUACCGUGUCGUCGUGGGACGGUUCGUCAGAAACGAUGCAGUGCAAUAUUCGAAGUAUACUGCUAAUGAACACGGACAUCGAACUGUCUACCGUAUCGUUCACGCUGUCAACGCUGCUGUUUUUCUUGCUGCCGAUGACACUGAUAACUGUACUUUAUAUACUUAUCGGACUCCGCCUCCGACGUUCCGACAAACUAAAACGCACCAUCACGGUACGAUCGACACACGGUGAGAAAAAAAUAUCGUCACCCGAGUACAGGGCCAACUCGUCGCCAAAAGUCCUUAAAAUGCUCGUGGCUGUCGUAGUGGCCUUUUUCAUCUGCUGGGCCCCGUUCCACGCGCAAAGGCUGAUCGCAAUAUUCGGGUUCAGCCACGCAUCGUCCGGUAACUUGGACGCGAAGGACAUACCGUUUUUACAUCAGCUAUACGGUAUUUCCACUUACAUCUCUGGAGUUCUCUACUAUGUAUCCACCACCAUCAACCCGAUACUGUACCACAUCAUGUCACUGAAAUUCCGAGGAGCUUUUAAGGAAACGGUGUUACGGUGUUGUGGCGGCGACAGCGGCUGCGGCGGCGACGGAUGGACCGGAAAGGGCGGCAAACAGCAGCGUCCGGCACGCUGGGCACGGCGAAGGCUGCGCAGCGACUCGUCCGAACCGACCACCGACGACCGCCGACCGAAGUACAGACGCGUGUCCGGACGAACGACUUCGUCCGUCGACUUUCCCGCCACCGCCGACGAAAUCGACGACGAUGACGACGACGACGAAGUUUGCGAUGACGGUAGUCCGGUCGCCGACGCCGGGCAGCUCGCCGACUGCGGCUGGCGGCGGUCGCUAACGGGGUUGUCGGCCACCGGAAACGCUGAGCGACGGCACGACAGCAGCUGCAGCAACAGUGCCGGGAGCAGCGGAGGGAAUUGCGACGACACCUCCGCUCCGGCCGGCGCCCGUGGACGGCGUCUGGUGAAAGCACCGCCGGCGAUAGCGCUCAGCAACUGGAUAGUGAUCAGCAACAGUAGCCUCAAGGACGUGGACAGCGACGAUCUGCGCGACGAGCUCGUCGGUUACGCGGCCGACCACUCGGCGGCGAUCCGCGGCGAGACUACGUAUUAUUAUUAAUAAUGGGGCGCGAUGGGGGUUUGUCCCCCCGAGAGCGGUACACUAAACGCGCCGCGCCGAGAAUACUGCCAUCUGUUUUCAAAUGGGCGAUAUGGCCGUCGGGGCGAGUGUAACAGUUUUGCAGACCAAAAAAUUAAUAUUCCGUUUGGGCGAAUGAGAUUGUUUUUACCUAUACGCGAACGAUAUACCGACACGUAUACUAUGGAGUAGGUACGGACUUGCGCGCUUGUAAUUUUAUUUUAUUUAUUUCUUACCUGUACAUUUCUAGACUAUGAUAUACAAUAUUAUAAUACCGAUAUCUUAUUAAAGUUAGUGCCCAUAAUUGAUUAUGUAUAUUAUUGUAUGUGAUUUUAUUUUAUUUUUUGAAAUUGAAACUGUUUAUUUAUUUUAAUAUUAUACAUUAUAAAUAGUGUAAACAAAUAUUAAUUUACCUAUAUAAACCUAUUCAUACGAUUAAUCCGCCCAAACAAUAUUUUUCAUGGAACAAACACUCAUCACAACGAUAUUAUGACGUAUAACUAUUCGGCCCAAAUGGUCUACGCCCAUUUAUAGGUUGCGAUUUGCGUUUGUGUGUGUGUGUGUAAUGACUCGUGUUUGAAAAAUAUAGCACCUAUCUAUGCGAUGUCUGCAGCGUGAGUGUGCGACUCAGUGUAGCUGGUGAUAUAUUUUUUUCCUAACACCAGUCAUUGGUAGGUUUUUCCCAUAUUGAUUAUACAAACAAAACUACGAUACAUCUUUCAUGUCGUUGUAGUGUUGUA